AUGGAAUCUGAACCCUUGCUCGCCUCUCAAUCCAGGGAUGAAUUCCCUCAGAUUCUACAAGGCAAGAAGGUCUUGUUAGCCACUGAAUCCUGGGGUCCCGUUAAUGGAGUUAGUCGCACGACCCGCAGUUUAGUCGAGUACCUGCGUGAUCAUGGCGUCGAGCUUAUCCUGGUCGCUCCUCAAUUCAAGGGUGAUACCACCAAGCAGAGUCAACCAUGGGAAAGACGAUUGCCUGGGUGCGCUUUGCCCUAUAACCCAGAUUUGACCGUGGUCUAUCCCUUUCAUAUCGGUGAGGUCUAUCGACAGACCUUUAACCCCGAUAUUAUCUAUCUGGCGAGUCCAGCAUCCCUGGGUUUUCAAAUGUUGCUGCAGAUUCGUCAACUGCGAUCGCCACCCCCAGUACUCCUCAAUUUCCAGACGGAUCUGUCAGCUUAUUGCGAGAUCAUGCUCCCCGCACCGCUAGACCGAUUCGGAGUCUGGCUCCUGGCAACAGUACAGGGAUUUCUGUUCCGUUCGAGAGCUGUUCAUACCAUCUUCUAUCCAUGUUCAGCUAUUCGCACUUACCUCGAACGUGCAGGUGCGCCCGUGGACCGACUAGUGCAGUUGGGGCGAGGUGUGGACACUGUGCUCUUCACGCCUGAGCAGCGCGAUGAAACAUAUCGUCGCGAAAUUGCACCCAAUGGAGAGAUCAUUCUUAUCUGUGUUUGUCGCAUCGCACCGGAGAAGGGUUUCGAGUUUCUGUCGCAGGUCGCAAUGCACUUGGCUGCUGAUAAAGUACCCUUCAAGCUACUCAUCGUCGGUGGUAACCGCAACCCUGUUGUUGAAAACAAGGUCAAGCGAUUAUUCGAUAAAGUGCGUAGCAAUGUGAUCUUCACCGGAUUCCUCACCGGUGCUGCCUUAGCUCGUGCUUAUGCUUCGGCUGAUCUCUUUCUCCAUUGCUCCAUUACCGAGACCUUUGGCCUGGUGGUCCUGGAGGCCAUGGCUAGUGGUAUUCCUGUCAUCGCACGCGAUCAAGGAGGUCCCUCCGACAUUAUUCAGAAUGGUCGCACCGGAUUCCUUGUCCCACCGAAUGAUCUUGACCGCUUCACUCAGUUAACCCGUGAUGUAUCGGAGAAUACCACGCAGCGCCGGUCGCUCGCGAAGGCUGCAAGAGAAUAUGCGGAUGAUACUACCUGGGAGAAAAUUAAUCGUCGAGCUGCCUGGGAAAUCGCUGACUCCUUAACUCAUACGGAUCAUGAGUCGCACGGUCCUUCGAGAGCUCGAUCGGGUGUGAUCGCGUCAGCCAUUGAGCAGGUUCUCCUGGUGCUGGCGGUGGGGGUUGUAUAUGCUAUGUGGCUUAUUGCUGUGGUCCCUCUAAUUGUUCAUGGUCAUCGUUUUGUGCCACGCGCGUGGCAGGCGUUUCGGAAUCAGUUCCUAUGUGCUCGUCCGGUGCGAAAGUAA